CUUACUUGCCCUCCCCUAACAACUAAUCCCCCGCAGCCCUUUGAGAGGGUGCUUCUUAGACGAGAAGCGAACCAAAUAGUGUCCGUCGCUUCCACUCAGUGGCAGCAGCAGAGGUCGGUAGAGCGAAGAAAAGGGAAGCAGCAUUUGCGACGCCAUGGAAUAGCACAGGAGGAGGAUAAGAGUAGAGAAGACAUUAGUGGACCAGAUCAAUUCAGUGAUCUACUGAUGACACAACAACAACAAAUAAGUGAUGUAAAUGCUGACUUCAAUUCUUGGUUAGAAAGCUAUUCGAUUGCAUACGAGUCUAGUGCCUACGCGUCGAGCGGGGAGCAUGCUUCAAGCCUGAGGGAGGGUGUAGAUCCGGCGAGGAGUCCACUUUCUCUACUGGAAGCCUCAGGCACUGUGCCUGCCGAUACCCCCAAAGGAGAUGACGAGACCGGCAGAUCCGCCCAGCCAGACACAGCCUCUGGAGGCACUAAAGCAGGAGAGUUUGGCCGACGAUAUUCGUCGACUCGCCGGGAGGAGGCAGUUCACCCGCUCGGCUUCUGA